AUCAGUGAUCAGCAUGAUACUGAUCAGCAAUGUUAGCGUAUCAGGGAACCUACAUCAGUAGGGUAAUUUUGAGCAGGUGUGACAAAAAGCUUUGUGUGGCACGUAAACACAAGUUCAUUAGUCCUUAAAACAUGUUUCUUCAAUACUAUCUGAGACUGCCAUUGGUUUGUUUGGUUCUCUCUGUUGUGGGAUGUUUUCCUGAACUGUCAGUAGAUAUCGACCUCAGUGCUGUCGGUGUGUCCCAGGCAUCAAGACCCACAAGCAGCUUUGUUGUCGGAAGCAGGGCAAAGGGAGAAAAGUAUCUCAGUGUUCAAAACGGCUCCACUUCAACCCCACGGAUGGAAGAAGGCUUUAAAGAGCCGCUUUUUGACACUACAAUAGGCAGUUCCUCUAUGACCUCUGCCUUACAAAAUGAAACUGAUGAAAGUACAGUGGAUUUAAGUGGGCCUGAGCUUACGCCAACAGCUGCUAUAGACACCACCACAGAAUCUCAGCAGUCAUUUACAGAAGAAUAUACUCUACCUCAACCAACCGUCUAUUCCUCUGAGCCACAGCUGGAUCAUACUACACCUACAGCAGAGGGUAUUGAGGGAACAUUUAUACCCACUUUGUUGGUCACAGUUCCCUUAGGAUGAGAUGUGCCUCUUUCUCUUUUUAACUGUAUCCAAUGGCAGCCGUCAUUGACGCCGACAGACUGCAAUGUGAGGCGUUUCUCUCUUCUGUAGGUAGAUGGCGCCAGAUCUGUCAUCAAAUUGAAUUUGCAUUAAAUUUGUGAGUUCUGAGU